AUGGCGGUGCCGGACUUUCCCACAGAAGAAGAAGAGCAGGGACAGAUGGAGGUGACUUUUGAGGACGUGGCCAUCUUCUUGACCCAGCGGGAAUGGGAGAGCCUGGCAGACGCUCAGAGGGAGCUCUAUAGGACCGUCAUGUUGGAGAACUACAGACAUCUACGUUCAGUGGGAGCCGGGCGGCCGAAGCCUCGGUGUAUCCGCCAACUGGAGAAGGGGAAAGAUCCAUGGUUUCCCGAACCUCCAUCUCACCACAAAUGGAUUUUCCCUGAAGAGACCUGGGGAAGGUCCCCGGAGAAUCAGUGGGGAUCUAGGAGGAAACGAGACCGGCCGGUAGAGAGGAGGGAGCAGCAGAAGCCAGUGCCCAUGGAAGAGGAGCCCUUUGAACAUCUCGAGUGUGGGAAUCAAGAAAAUGUCACCAUGCACGUGAAGUUGCACACUGGAGAAGAGCCCUAUAAAUGUGGUGUGUGUGCCAGGGGCUUCAGAUGGAAGAAAUUCCUCACUGCCCACAUGAGGGUCCACACUACAGAAAAACGCUUCCAAUGCCCGGAGUGCCAGAAGAGGUUUAAAGUGAAAGGAAAUCUUCAAGUUCAUAUGCGGCUACACACUGAAGAGAAGCCCUCUGAAUGUCUUGAAUGCGGGAAGGCCUUCAGCAAUAUAUUCACACUGAUGAGGCACGAGAGGAUUCACAAAGACAUCAAACCCUAUGUGUGUCUCCACUGUGAUAGAAGAACCAGCGAGAAGGCCACUCUAAUGACCCACAUGAGCGUCCACACGGGAGAAAAACCCUUCCAAUGCCCAGAGUGCCAGAAGAACUUCAAGACCAAAGGAACUCUUCAAGCUCAUAUGCGGCUGCAUACGGAAAAGAAGUCCUUUGAAUGUCUUGAGUGCGGGAAGGCCUUCAGCAAGAAGUGCAGUCUGACGAGGCACGAGAGGAUUCACAAAGGCAUCAAACCCUAUGUGUGUCUCCACUGUGAGAAAAGAAUCAGCGAUAAGGCCGGUCUCAUUGUCCACAUGAGAAUCCACACUGGAGAAAGACCCUUUCAAUGUCAGAAGUGCCCAAAGAACUUCAAGAGCCGUGGAGGUCUUAGACGGCAUAUGCUGGUGCACACGGGAGAGAAGCCCUUUAAAUGUCUCCAGUGUGGGAAGGCCUUCACACUUGAACCCCAGAAUGGAUCCUGGGUCUGUGCCCUGCCACCUCCCACCCCACUUUCUCAGUGA